AUGAAAGAGUCCUCUGCUCCAGUGACUAGUGCUGUGAGUUCCCAAUGGACAGGCCCCAUAAACGAGAAAACACCGCCCCUACCCAACCCUGUCUAUAGUGCAGGUUUCACAGAGUGCAUCUCCCGUCUGUGCAACUACAUCGACAGCGUGGACCUAUCCCAGAGAGAGAGCUUUGUCCAGGGACUUAGGGACCACCUGGAUACCCACAGCGCCUGCCCUCUGGGGAAGGUGCAGAGCCCGACCUUCCCCCUGGACUUCCAGCCCUGGGGCCCUGUAGCAGAAGGACCAUGCUUCCUGGGCAGAGUGAAAAACAGGAAGGAGAGCACAGUGAUGGGGCAUCAACGAGCCAGCAGGGAGGCCACUUUCCCUUAUAUUAACACCUCUCUUCCCAUCUAUCCCAACACCUUUGUGCUCCACCACCCCCACCCUACCCAACACCUCUCACACCCAUACCCAUCUCCCCCUUACUCCCUCUCACCCCCACCCUCACCCUGUUACUCAAACUCCUCACCACCUUUCACCACUACCCCUCCAUACCUCUCCAUGCCAUGCCACUUCCCCUUCCCUCCUUCCCCCUCUCGUCGUCCAUCAGAUUCCUUGUCACCCCCCUCUCACUCUACAUCUCGGCCCGUGGUGCCUCUGAUACCAGCCCAUCCUCCCCUGGUGUCCAGUCCCCCCACCCCUCUAAGUCUCUCUGGCCCUGUACCUGUAGGCCCAACAAGGACUCUGAGGCGGUCACUAUUUCAGAUCCAGCCCCAGGUAGUAUGGAGGCCCUGGUCCUGAUAUGUGGAGGAGAAGGGUGGUAGAA